AUGACAGUUCCAAUGGCGAAUCCUGGUGAUGGAGGACGGCGACGCCAUGAAGCGUGGUGGAGCAUUCACCCCUUCCGUGGCAUGGUCAACGAUGUUCGUCGGAGAGCUCCUUACUACGCGAGUGACUGGCUCGACGCGUGGGACUAUCGUGUUGUUCCCGCCACAAUCUUUAUGUACUUUGCAAACAUCCUACCUGCUCUUGCCUUCUCGCUGGACAUGUUUCAGAAUACCGGAUCAAACUACGGUGUAAAUGAAGUUUUGCUGGCUUCUGUCCUUGGCUCUGUUGUCUUUUCCAUAUUUUCCGCACAGCCGCUUGUCAUUGUUGGAGUCACUGGCCCCAUAACUGUGUUCAACAGUACAGUCUAUGAUAUAAUGAAGCCAACCGGUGUCAAUUAUCUGGGAUUCAUGACCUGGAUUGGAAUAUGGUCGCUGAUUUUGCAUUGGAUUCUUGCCAUUACAAACUCCUGUAACUGGCUUCGUUGGGUCACCCGAUUCCCUUGCGACAUCUUUGGCUUUUACGUGGCCUUCAUCUAUCUCCAAAAGGGCAUCCAAGUGCUAGAGCGUCUUGGCAAUGGGAGUGCCUUUUACCUCUCCAUUGUUGCCGCACUGUUACUCUUCAUGGUUGCUUACAUCUGUGGAGAACUUGGAGGCAGCAAUCUUUUCAGACACCCAGUUCGUGUAUUUCUGAAAGACUACGGAACGCCGUUGACUCUCGUUUUCUUCACUGGAUUUGUUCACUUUGGUCGCAUGUCUGAGAUUCAUCUGGCAGUGCUCCCAACCAGUACUGCCUUUGAGCCGACGGCCGAUCGAGGAUGGGUCGUCAACUUCUGGGAUUUGAGUGUUGGAGAAGUUUUCACCGCUCUCCCAUUUGCCAUUCUCUUAACUAUUCUAUUCUGGUUUGACCACAAUGUAUCAUCUCUUAUCGCGCAAGGAAGCGAGUUCCCCCUGAGAAAGCCUGCUGGCUUCCACUGGGACUUCUUUCUUCUCGGCAUCACCACCGGUGUGGCCGGCAUUCUCGGCUUACCCUUCCCCAAUGGGCUGAUCCCACAAGCCCCUUUUCACACAGAAUCCCUUUGCGUCACUAAAGCUGUUAAGCAGCUUGACGAAAAGGGUGAAGACAAAGGAGAGUAUACUUUCGAAGCGACGCAUGUUGUCGAGCAGCGUGUGUCCAAUCUGGCUCAGGGACUUCUUACACUUGGCACCAUGACGGGCCCUCUUCUCGUCGUCCUGCAUUUGGUCCCCCACGGAGUUUUAGCAGGGCUAUUUUUCAUCAUGGGCGUCCAAGCUCUUCAGGCUAAUGGCAUCACUGCCAAGCUACUCUUCCUAGCCCGGGAUAAGAAUUUGACCCCCGCAAACUCACCUCUCAAACUAGUGAAGCGGCGCUCUGCAAUCUGGGGGUUUGUCAUCGUCGAGCUGGUCGGCUUCGGCGCCACGUUUGCCAUUACACAAACCAUUGCUGCUGUCGGCUUCCCUAUCAUCAUCUUGCUCCUCAUCCCCGUACGCGCUCUCGUCUUACCGAGGAUCUUUCACCCAGACGAAUUGGUCGUGCUUGACGAGCCAACCGCUUCCGACUAUAUCAUGGAGGGUAUAGGUGGCUCCUGGGGUGGUGUUAGCCAACGAAACGAAAUUCAGAGCAGUGAUGAUACGCCUGUAGCGAGCGGGUCCUCGUCGUCUUCUCAGCGAAGCGGCAACCAUGCCCAGGGUGGUGGAGGCGCUCAGCAUGGCUCCCUGCACAAGAGUCAAGAAGACCUCGCAGAGCUUGGACAAGCCCCCAAUACACAGAAUAUGAUAACCAGGAGAAGGAGCAUUGACAAGAGAAUGGGCCGGCUACGGAGAGGGAGCACUUCGUCCGAUGCUGUGUAA